AUACCAAAGAUGCUGGAAUAAAUUCUUAUUUACUCGUCAUUUUCCUGUUCAUCAACUUACUAAUCAAAUUAUUUUCGCGAUAGAUUGAGGUAUUUGCAAACCUCUACGUGCAUUAUUUCAUGAUCGAAAUGUCCAAGUUCCGUGAAAAAGUACUUUUUGGUCUGGGACUCUUUUGUCUUUCGACCUUCGUCCUCCUGCCCUCCGCAAUGAGCCAAUUUCCCCCCGACUGGCAAGACAUCAUCAUGCACGCAUUCGCAAUGACGAUGGAUGACAUCGACACCAGCAAAAUGUUCUACAAACCAUCCGAAGAAACCUGGCAGUUGGUCGAGUAUAAAGAAUCUAUGGAAGAAAUAGAAAAGUUUGAAAAAUUCAUAACUGGGUUGAAAUUGGGCGGAUUACUUCCCGAGCUUGACAUCGUUUUUGAAGGCCUCGCCCACGUCCUGGACUUUAUCGGAUCAGUCACCCAACACAAAAGCGAAAUAUUUUGGAGUAUGAUUACCGGCGAAAUGGAUAAGCGUAUCUUGGAGCAAAAAAUGUCGGACAUGCGGAGUAAAAUUGAAGCGUUUAAAUCCAGUGCGCAGCAUCUCGCUCAUGAAGAUGCUCCCUUCACGGUGGAAGGUUUUCGCCAAAUUGAAGACAUUUUGGCCUUCUUUUCCGAACCGGGCUCAAUUUUACGGAAAUAUCCGCUCCACUCGUCCCCCCUCGUGCUAGGUUUUAUCCCAGUUAUGGUCGUUUAUAUUGAAUAUGCUGGCAAAAAGUAUCCCAAUAUUGAGGAAGAUUGGAGAUCAACUCUGCAAAAUAAGGCCAUCUUUGUGCUCGAAGUUUACAAACGGCUCAGCAUCAAGGAACGGAUUGAAGCGUGUGAAUCAGUUCGUUCGAUUGAUGACAGGGAACCCUGCUUCUUCUGCGGACAUGGACCACCGACGCACUACGAGUUGAGUGACUUCAUUAAAGAAAGCCAUGACUCGCCGUUGGGCCAGUUUCCAAAGUGGAUUCGAUGUCGCAAGGUGGACCCCUCGGUGGGGUGCGACCAAACUGGACGGCAAUUCUGGAAACAUACGGAACGCGAGAAGACGGAUUACUUGAAAUAUAUCGUGGAAUGUAUCACGGACCGAUUUACGAAGCAGGUCGUCCUCGCCGCGUCGGCCUUUGAUAUGCAGGAGGACUUUCCAUCUUUUGGAGUGCAGAGGAAUUUUGAUGAAGAAGAGAGGAUGAAUUGUUUAGUUGAUUAUAUUAAAGUUAUCGAAUACUUGUAUCAAACCAUGUUUUGGAGGGUGGCUUCCUUAAUGGUGUAAGUAAUUUGCAAGGGAGAUAAUUUAAUUUGUACAAUUCUUAUUGGUAAAACUUGAUGAACAUGAUUAUAAAAAAUUUUUUUUCAUAUAAAUUUUGAAAAAUUUUAGCCUUGUAUUUUUAAGUAUUUUUUACCUUUAAAUGAUUGACAAAAAAAUUAAUUACGCGAUUUUAUAAGGCAUGUUUUAAUAAAUUGAUCCAUUUUAAAAGUUUGUCCAUUUCCUUCACUAAAUAGAAACCGUUAUAUGAGAAUUUGUACUUUUGCUAGCUGAAAAACAAAGUUUAGCUCAAAUGUCAGGAAUUUUCACAUGUUUGUCAAGUUUAAACGACGAUUAGUGAAUUUAAAAUUUUAUGUACACACAUGUACACUUAGAAGAUUUAUCUUGUAUGGCUAAUUUCUUACAGAAAUAUGUAUGCCAAUCUAUUAUGAAUGUAUAAUAGAUUGUUAAAAUCCAUUUAAAAAAUUUUUCCGUUUCCUUUUUUACAAAUCAUUGUAUGAGAAUUGGGCUAUACUUUUUUUGAGCAAGAUAAAUAACAGAGCAUGCAUAGCUCAAAUUUCAAGAACACUUACAUUUUUUUCAAGUUUAAACGUUGAUUGGUAGUGAAUCUGGAAUUUUUGUGUAAGGACAUAAAUAUUUAUUUAAAAGAUGAUGGAGCUGCCCGAUGAAUUCUUAUAGAAAAUAUACUAUUUAAUAACAAAUUUAAUUUAAAAGGUUUGAUGAAUUUGGAUUUGCAAAUAUAUAUGCAAAUGCGUUAUAUAAUAUGCAAAAUGAUUUAAAAAUAAAUUUAAAACAUUAGUCCAUUUCCUUCCUUACAUUACAAAUCGUUAUUUGGGAAAAUUAUUGCUUUUGUGAGCUGGAGAAAAAAACGAGUUUAGCUCAAAUUUCAGGAAUAUUUACAUUUUUAUUUUCUUUCAAGAUUAAAUGUCGAUUAGUGACUUUGGAAUUUGUGUGUAAAUACAUAACUUUAAUUUAAAAGAUUUGAAGAAUUUGGCACGGAAAUAUAUAUGCAAAUGCAUUAUGUAAUAUGCAAAUUUAUUUAAAAACUAAUUUUAAACAUUUGUCCAUUUCCUUCCUGACAAAUCGUUAUAUGAGAAAUUAUACUUUUUGUGAGCUGGAAAAACAAAAUUUAGCUCAAAUUUCAGGAAUAUUUAUAUUUUGGUCAGUGUAAACGUCGAUUCGUGAAUUUGUAAUUUUUUGUGUAAAAAUAUACUGAAAAGGUGUACCUGCGGUAUUCAUGAAUUUCUUACAAAAAUACGUAUGCAAAUGUAUCAUGGAUAUUUGCUUGUGGGUUUAUUUACCACACAUUGCUGCAUUAUCCGAUAAUUAAUUCGAUUAAUUAUAUAAACCGCAUUUCCGGUGGUUCCGCACAAACUCCACAAUUUAAUUGUAACUUGGUUUAGUGGACGAGACUAAUUUCAUAUUAAUUUUUUAAUAAAAAUACACUUUUCUACCGACGCUAUAAUAUGCGUACUAAUUUUUUCUUGGUGUGUGGAAUUCUACUUAAAAUCAUAGUCUUAUUAGGACGAGAAUUAUGGGCCGUUGCGUCCGAAAUAUCAAGUAGCGAUGAUGGAAUGGUGAGUAAUUUACAUACGCAGAGUAAAUAGAAUUAAAAUU